AUGAGCGAUGUCAGGAAGCAUCUUCUCUCAGGUGCUCUGUCGGGGCUCGUCUCGACCGUCUGUCUCCAACCUCUCGACCUUCUCAAGACACGCAUGCAGCAGGUGGAUGGCACUUUCCCCAGAUCACAUAAUGCCAUGAUCCUUGAAACCGCCCGCGAGAUCUUCAGGACAGAGGGCCUCCGUGGUCUUUGGCGAGGUACAACGCCCACACUCCUCCGCAAUAUCCCCGGCGUAGCGCUUUAUUUCACCGGCCUCAACUACACACGGAACAUACUCUCCGCCACGUCCUACUUCUCCGUUACCCCGCUCCACCCACCACAGACCCGUUCGGGGUCUGUCCUUCCGAAGCUGUCGAGCCAGGGAAACCUGCUCGCGGGCGCCGUCGCCCGCGUCGCCGUGGGUGUCGCCCUCAACCCGGUCACCGUGCUCAAAGCGCGCUACGAAAGCAACAUGUAUGCUUACCAGAGCCUUCCCGGCGCGCUCCUCUCCCUCCUGCGCUCGGGGCCCUCCGAGGUUUUCCGCGGUGUGCUCGCGAGCUCCCUGCGCGACGCGCCGUACGCGGGGCUCUUUGUCGUCUGCUACGAGGGUAUCAAGAGCGACGUCUCGCACCUGCUGGCGCCCACAUCGGCGACGGUAUCUGCUGGCGUACACGGCUUCAGCGCUGCGUCCGCUGGCGUGAUCGCGACGAUGGCGACGCACCCGUUUGACGUCAUCAAAACGAAAAUGCAGGUCCGCACCGAGGAUAGAUACCAUGGGCUCCUGAAGACUGUUUCUACGAUCUGGCACCAACGUGGCGUCCGCGGCUUCUUUGACGGCGCUGCGCUGCGCGUCUCGAGGAAGCCGCUGAGCUCUGCGCUCGCGUGGGCGGUGUAUGAGGGGAUGCUUAUGUUCAUGCGGACUUGA